CAGCGCGAACGGGGAGCGGUGAGUGACGUCACGUGGCCACCGAGCGCGGCGGAUCAGUUGGUUUGGGAGGCAUUUCGGUUAGAAGCACCGAAUCCGCCGAGAAACCUCACAAACGGCCCGGAAUGACUUAGACCCAACGCAUCACAGCUUAAUCGAGCUGUUUCAGAUGCUGAAAUCAGCUGAAUGGUGUGCCGGACAUGGACUGGCCUGUAGAUGAGCCGAGGUUUGCAGCGAUGGAGAGCACAGCAGAGGGAAUGCUGGGAAACGCUGACAGGCUUGUUUGCGAUGAUGGCAGUGGCGUCUCGGUCACGCUGGAGAACGAGUCGGUCUGGAGCCGCUUUCACAGCCUGGGCACGGAGAUGAUCCUGACGGUGCAGGGCAGACGCAUGUUCCCCUGCUGCCGCUUCCGUCUGAGCGGCUUACAGCCCGAGCUCAGCUACUUCCUGAUCCUGGACAUCACGCCUCUGGAUGAGCUCCGACACCGCUGGAACGGGGAGACGUGGGAGCCUCACGGAGCCGGCGAGCCGCACCUCCAGAGUCAUGUGUGUUUCAGGGAUGGAGCGAUAAAUCAUGAUAAAAUUCCCCACGUGUGUUUCCAUCCGGACUCUCCGGCUGCGGGUCAGCGCUGGAUGGACGGGCCUGUGUCCUUCUACAAGAUGAAGCUGUCGCACAGCUCUGAGGAUCCAGACGCCGCUGUGGUUCUGCGGCCCAUGCACCGCUAUCAGCCGCGGCUCUACGUGGUUCCCGCGAGCUCCUGUCCUGAGCCGGACGUCCAUGUCUUCACCUUCCCUAAAACAGCGUUCUAUGCGGUGACCAGCUACCAGAACCCGCUGAUAACCCGGCUCAAGAUCGACUGCAACCCCUUCAUGCUGGCGUUCAGAGAGGACGGGGCGAGCGCUCGCCUCAUCCAGAACAAACUCAAGCUGGCUCUGAGCGAGAAACACCGCAGCUCGACACACACACAUCAUGAGUCCAGUGAAGAGGGAAGGAUGAGUGACGAGACGCUCGUUAGAGACCCAUCAGCUGAGCCUGUGGCCUCGUUAGCCCCUGCAUCUGCUGAUGAGGUGUCUCUGCGAUCGUCUCAGAGCUCAGAGCAGCACAGAUCUGGGAUCAGCUGCAGAGUGAAGCGUGUUUACCGCAGGGGCUGGAGGAGUGGCGCGAGGAAAGCCAAGGCUAAAUGGUGGACUAACGUGAAGCACAGAUCUGCUGCGGUCAGCACCGCGUCCAUGCAGCCCGACCUGGAGCACGUGGACGGCGUGCUGUUUGUGUCCUUCACUGCCAAGGAGGCGCUGGACGUUCAUGUUGGAAACAUGAGGAGAUCCGUGGAGACAUCUGCUUCAUCACACUCGCAGACUGGAGCGGAGAAGCCAGCGCGUGAUGCAGACUGGAUCUGUGAGCAGGAGCCGGUCUUACUGCAGCAGCUCCAGCAGCUGAAGAACCGGCAGAUCAUUCAUCCUGUGCUUCAACAAGUUGGGCUGAAACUGAAUCUUCUGGAUCCAGCGGCACCCAUAGACCUGCAUUAUCUGGGUGUUGCUCUACCUUUGCCUUCACCUGUCCUCACAUCAUCCUCCCACGCCGCUUUCGUUUCGCGCACUGGGAAGACGAGCGAUCUGACCAGGAUCAAAGGCUGGAUGGAGAAGUUUAGUUCAAAGAGCUCAGCCGACAGCUCGGCCGGUCACUCGGCGUUCUCCUCGGUCCUGCUGGACGAGUAUCUGGAGGCUGAAGGCCAGCGGAUCAGCGAACGCGCCGCCGUGUUUUCCUCCAGCGCUCCGUCUCCGGUGCUCUAUCAGCUGCCCGUCAAGAGCAGCAGCUACGUGAGGACCCUAGAUAGUGUGCUCCAGACGCGCAGCUCUGCCCCCUCUGGACUCCGUGACAAGCGCACUAAAGCGUGGCGAUCCAGACGAGGUGUUAGAGCGGCUCCGGAAGCAGUGCGCUCUUCCUCGGCCAGACUCCGGUGGAAGCGCAGCGUCUCUGAAGAUCCUCCUCAGCGUCCUGCAGCGUCCAGCGGAGCUCCCUCCAGACGCAGGAGAAGGUACCGGCGGCGGAGGCGGACGCUGAGGUUCAACAGAGAUGCCGUGGAUGGAGCGCAGGCCUCUGCAUUCGCUCAGAAGCACUCGGAGCUGCUGGCUCAGGAGCAGCAGGCCGUCUCUCUCGGACAGAGUCCCACUCACAUCAGCGCUGAGAGAGCCGGCUUCGCUCUGAGCUCACUGCUGACCGCAGAGAAGGCGGUGAAGACGAAGCAGCAGGUCAGGGAAGGUGUGUGUGGUAAAGACUUCUGCCGGCUGGGCUGCGUCUGUGAAAGUCUGAACAGAGAAGCGCGAGGAUCCACUCACUGCAGACGUGUGCAGUGCAUGUUCAGCUGCGGCUGCUUCAAACACAAGAUCCUCCUCGUGCGCUCCGAGCACAGCGCCGGGAGCCUGGUGGCCUUCCCCGUCGCUGGCCCCGGAUCAGACGGCAGGCCGGAGCCAGCGCUCAGAAUCAGCAGCCUGUGGAGGAGGAGAGCCGGAGAGAACGACCCCGAGCCGCUGUUCACUCCCAGAGCCAGCGGAGCGCCAAGACGAGCGCCGCGCCAUCAUGCUCCCGCGCCGCGGCCCUGUCCUCAGGUGCAGGAGACGGAGAAGGAUCCGGUUUACUUGUACCUCGAGAGCAUGAUGACGUGUGCUCGUGUGCGAGAAUACAACAGCAACCCUCCACCGCAGGUGCACUUACUGCCGGCUAAAAGAAGCGUAGCAGCACCUGAUGAAGCGAUCAGUGCCGUGUCUCAGCUGGGUCUCGCUGCGUGUCAGAAUCCAGGCGAGAGCUGUGAGGCGGGAGAGCCGGAGCCCACUAAAGUGCUGGAAAUCAUCUCGGGGUGUAACUGGGAAACCCAUCGGUCCCUGGUGCUCAAGGAACUCUUCCGCUGCAUCGACAUGAACCACCUCGCUUCGGUUUUCUACAUCGACAUCUACAAAGUGGAGCUACUCUCCAAAGAUCUGAAGAAAGACGAGAGCGGAUCCACGUUGAUUUACAAGGUCUGCGUGUCCCUCGGCAAGACGCCAGAAAAGACUCGUGAGCCGAGGAAGAGUGUGAAGAAACGAGACGAUGCGUCACAUCUGAGGAGCUCUUCCUCUCAGAAAGUCAACAGACUGAAUGUUAAAGAGAACCUGCACAUCAUACAGACAAACGCACCUGAUGAGAAACAGGCGAAGCACUUUCCUCUUCUCUCUCGUGUCGUUCCCGCUGGUCUUCUGAAGGCUGACAAGAAGACGCUAGUGCGCUCUGGACCGAUAAAGGUCAAUGGAAAAACGUACGCUCAGGCUAAAUUGAUCCUGGGCCGGAUGGGAGCGCUGCAUCCAGCCAAUCGUCUGGCAGCGUACGUCACUGGCAGAAUAAAACCACUGCCUCAAAACACGACCCGAUCGCUUUCCAAAACACUUCAGGUCAGGACGCUCAGAGAGACGAGGGGUGCAAUCUCUGCUCCAGCGACCGAUCCUUCAAAACACACAGUGAGCCAAGCUCAUUCAUUCAAAAUGCCCAUUACCCGAUCUCCGGUGAUGCCCUGGGCUCCUAAUGGCAUCAGAUGUAUUCCUGCAGCUUUGAACCCCACAUCAUCACGUAACCCUGGGCGUGGCUCAAACACUGUAGCCCCGCCCCUCUCCAGCGCCCCAGUCAUGGUAGCCCCGCCCCUCUCCGGCGCUGAGACUGUUCUCCCGGCUUCUGCUCUUCCGCCGGGGCAGCAGGUGGUUCUGCAGCCGGUCGCAGGUAUGACGGGGGUGAACAUGUGCCAGUUUAACGGCCAGAUGAUCCAGCUGGUGCCCAUCCCUGCAGCGUUACCUGUGCAGGUGCAGACCGGCGCUGGUGGAACAGGAGGUGCUCAACAGGAGCCACAAUCAGCUCAGAUGCCCACAUCAUCUUCACAGAAGGCUUCAUCUAAACCCCCUCCAUUCAUCGUACCCAGAAUCCACGCAGUGCAAGGAAACACCAGCUUUAGCUUUGGAACUGUUGCAGCUGCGGGUCUACAGGGCGGUUUACUUGCUAAAGCUGGCAUGUUUUCCUUCAGAAUAUGCCCACCUUCUGCUGAGAGCAAGACUGUGGGUCUCGACCAGACAGGAAAAGCUCCUGAGUCAACAGGAACUGCUUCCACAUUGUUACUUCCUGGAGGAUAUAGGUUAAUAAAACUGCCCAUGUUUGUCAGUCCCAGCGUGAGCAGCCCGACCGCUUCUGUACCCGCCGUAUGCACCGAGAAAUCAACCGAAGACCCGAGCGCACACCAGUCCUCAGUCUCUAUUAAAACAGAACCAGGUGAAGAGCGCAGUGGCCUGCUCUCAGAAGACGGUGCUCCAGUUAUCAUUAAAGUAGAGUCUUACAGCGGCAACUCUUCAUCCAAACAUCCAUGCGCUGAGCCAGAGGAACGAUCGCUGCACAUUAAGAUCGAGGAUGAUACGGACCAGUCCCCACAGAACAGCAAAGACUCGCCAUACCGCGCCAAAAUAGAGGAGCCAGACCACGAGACGAUCGCAGGCGUCAGUCAUCAUCUGAACACCUCUGAAAGCAGGGAUCGUGGUGUGAAAGACACAGACAGAUCCUCCUCUAAUACUGAAGUCCAGCAGCAUCUGAGAAGCCGAGAGGAGAGGAAGGACACAGCCAUUGGUGCUGGUUUAUUGUGCUCUGUAUUUGAGGGUCGCACCUCACAGAGUUUCACUAAAACACACAAACCCGGAGCUGAGGAGAUCCAGAACCGGAGGAGAAAACGACAGGCUCCGGACGAUCCACGAGUGGAUUCUGCUGCUGAACUCAAUCAAUCCAGCAGCGCGUUCAUGUACUCCAGUGACGGAUGGACCACAGAAGACAGUAAUGAUUGGUACAGUGAGGAGGAGGUGGACAUUGUGACGUAUGAGGAGUACGAUGAGAAGAUGAACAUCAGCCUCUUAAGAGCCAAGGCGAGACGGAGAACACAGCAAGCAGCUCAGAGUCAAUGGCUUCUGAAAUGUAAAUCAGCGGCCCAUCAUGCAGUGCGGCUGAUGUCUGAUCUGCCGCUGUAUAAGCGAACGUGGUGUCUGAACCGAACGCUGAGAGAACGGAAGCAGCUCGCUGAACUACAGCAGAGUUUGGACUCGCUGAAGAGGAUGCUGGGUGUUGAAGAAGACGUCAUGAUGAGCACUCAAGACCUGCUCCGAGAGGCUCGUCAGAUGAUCGGAGCUCUUGAGGAGCACAGCACAUCUCUGAUGGCCAAGAAACGGGCCUUGAUUCGGCAGCAUUCUCAUUAUCAGACUCUGAUCUCACAGCGCUCUGGUGCAGACGUGACAGGAACAGAAUUACAACAGAAAACAGCAGCUCCUUCAUUACCCAGAAGCCCUUCAGAGACGCGUGCACACAGUCAGUCAGUGCUGAAGAGACGUUUGCCCAGCGUAAUCCUGCAGUCCUUCACCAAGAUUUAGCCUGAGACGAGUGUGGUGAUCCAGAGGAGGAGGAGGAGGAGGAGGAGAAGAUCUUCAUCAGUCCGAGAGAGGAGGAAAUGAGACGUGAACCUGUGAACACAAACACAUCAUCUGCAGGUGUGCUGCUUCACCUCAUCAAUACCACAGUAAACAUGAGAGUAUGCAGGGUAUUCUGGAGUCAUUAAUAUCUCCAGCUGAAUCAUGUGGAUGGAGCAAUACUUUCAUUUUCUGCUAAUGAUGGAUAGAACUGGCCGUUUUUCACAUUUAUAGCAUAAGCUUGUACAAUCUUUGUAAAAAGCCAUUGUGAAUCAAUAUUUCUCAGGAUAUUACUUGAUGAUGAGCUCAUUAACCCACAUAUUUCUAUGGCUUCUUGUUUAAUACUAAACAUGUUUUGCUCAGUUCAUGGAUUAUGUGUUCCUUUUGUUAGAAUAGAUUUAUUUUUGUGAUUUAUGCAUCAUUAUGGAUGGUUGAUGAGGCCUGUGUUAGUUUUCUGUCAUUUAUAAUCACUGAUUAAUCUCCCAGAGAUCUGAACUUAUCGCUCAGGCUGGAAAAUAACUCAUAACCAGAUGGAUCUUAAUGCAUUCAUUCGGCAAAGUUUGUAAAUUAUGUGGAUUUUCCCUCUUUAUCAGAUUGAAAUGGCCUCAGAAUUGAGUUGAUAUUAUGGCCUUGUGCAUAAAUAAAAUGUAAAUCCAU